GUUCAAUAUUUGGUGAAAUGGAAAGGGUAUGGCAGGUUUCAUACUAGUUGGGAAGAUGAAGAGAACUUGACUACCAAUCUUAUUAGGUAUUUAUUGUUGUAUCAUUUUUUCAAACUACUUAAAUUACCACUACAAUUGGACAUGCUGAAAUACAGAAGUAACAAGAGAAAUACACUCAUAUAAACUUAUACAUAGAAAGGUUUAUGCUGAACUAAUUUUAUUUUCACCAAUAAUACACUCAGUAAUUGCUGCUCUCUUCUGCCUCUGCAGUGCUUCCAGUAUUACCUGUUUAUAGACGGCCCCUCUUACAAUGUUUCCAUUUUCAUUAUUUUCAUUACAGAACAUAUGACAAGCCAGUUGUUGACAAAGAGAGGCUAA